AUGGACUCAACUAUCGAGGUGCAGAGACAAACGCACGAAGAGAUCGAGCAUUUUGAACGCGCUCUAUAUACUAUCCUCUCCAAGUCCCAGCCCACGCACGAUGGCCGCCUCCAGACAGAACACAAAGCAUCCCAGAUUCUCGACCGCAUACAGUCACGAGUAGUCGCUUUGAACAAUUUGUAUGAAGACCAGGAGGCCAGGAAGACAGAGCUCGACAAGCUUUCUUCCCCUGGAAAUCCCAAUGACCUGGGAGAGUUUUAUGCACGCCUGAACAAGAUUCAAGAGCACUAUGUCAAAUAUCCAGAUACCACGGCGAACGGCUUUGAGUUAGAGCUUGCUGCUUUUGUGGACGAAGUUAUGGAGGAAGUGGGAGAGGACGAAUACGAGGCGGACGACCCCAUCGCUCUGCUGUUCUCUGGUGAAGAACAGUACGGAAAGUACCUCGACUUGUACGCGAACCAUACGACUUACAACAACUUGAAGUAUAUUGGCAAGCGGUUGGGGUACCUACAAUACCUUGAUGUACUUCUUGCUGCCCAAUCUACCACCGUUCACAAUGAGCUGCCUAAGGAGUGUCGGACAUCCAGGGACUACGAGUUGUACGUUUUUCUGCAUUUACUUGAUACUCUUGAAGGUCUCGCUCACGGCAUUGUGGUUAGUUAUAUCAAGGCCUUACACUCAUAUUUGCUAUCCUUCAUUAAGCGUGCUCAGCCGUUAGCUGAAAUCGAGUCACAGCAGCGCGAAGCGGAGACGCAGUUCAAUCAGCAAUGGGAGGCAGGCCUUGUGGAGGGUUGGGAAGAGUCGAUACCGAAGCAGACAGCAGAAAAUGGAAUUAGUGUUUGGUGCUCGGCAUGCCAAAAGAUGUACUCCAAGCAAACGGUGUACGAUGCGCACUUAAACUCUAAGAAGCACGUUAAGGCUGCCGCCAAGCAGGCUGAAUCCGGAGAGCCUCCGGCUAACCCAAACGGUCCGCCGACUUCGGAGAACGGAGCCAAUGGAGCCAGCAAUAGCAAUGGCUCUGCCAGCGCGUCCGGGUCGAAGCACCGAACCGCUGCGCUGCUCACCCACCUUUGUACCAGGAUGCUGGCGUCUCUUGCUCCGGCCCUGAACGACACCAAGUCCAACGUAGAGCGGCGAUUCUCACUCACAGCCCGAGAGCGAGAACAGGAACUGCUCGAGCAGUCGCAGCCAAAACCCGCGCCUGCUGCCCCGACGAACGCGGAUGGUGCAGAGGAGGAAGAGGAAGAGGAAGAGCGCAUAUACAAUCCACUCAAGCUUCCGCUGGGAUGGGAUGGGAAGCCUAUUCCAUACUGGUUGUACAAGCUGCACGGUCUGGGCGUGGAGUAUAGAUGCGAAAUUUGCUCCGAUCAUGUCUACAUGGGAAGGAAAAAUUUUGACCGACAUUUCCAAGAAUCACGGCAUGCCUUCGGAAUGCGCGCGCUUGGUUUGCCUAAUACGAAGCACUUCCAUGAGAUCACUCGGAUUGAGGACGCCCUUGCUUUGGCAGAAAAGCUCAAGCGCGAAGGUCGGAACGAGAUCUUUGAGCAGGAGACCAUGGAGGAGCUCGAGGACGAGGAGGGUAAUGUGUAUAACCGGAAAACAUACGAGGAUCUCAAGAAGCAAGGUCUCAUCUGA